AUGUUCGUGCCUGCCUCCAAGGCUUGAGGUGGCAAUCGGAGAGAAGGUCAUGGCACUGCCCUGCCUGGGGGCGUUUUAUCGGCCCCCUACCUUUCUCGGUUGGAAUCCGGGCUCUGUCCCCCUAAGGCUGAGGAUGAGACCAUGGCUGCCCUGAGGUGGCCCGGGCCCUCCCAGCAGCCAGGUGACCUGCGGGGAGCUCCCCACAUGGCCUGGUCUGACAACAUCGAGCAGCCAGGACCCCGGGGGAAGGCCCGCAACCACCCCGUGUGGUCAGAAGGCGAGGAGGCCAAGGAUGGGGACAGCUCGGUGUCAUCAGGCCGCCUCUCCGGCUCCUCUGGGGGCCACGAGCCCUGCACGUCUCCCCCUGGGCCCUGGAAGGAGAGGCUCCCCCAGGUGCUGGGGCCCCAGCGGCAGCCCAGAGAGAGCAGCCCACGGCUGGAGCUGCUGAGGGACAGGAUCCGGGCCCAGGCCCAGGGGCAGGCCAGCUGCGCCUCCCUGGGCACCUCUGCCCCGUCCAGCGCCUCACGCCUCUACAGAGCCUCCAAGCCAGACGCCCGGAGGAAGGCGGGGAGGCUGAAGAAGGCCCCUCCAGCCCCAUGGGAGGCCCUCGGGCCCCGGGCUUCCGCCGCAGGCUUAGGCGUCCCGAGGGCGGCUCCGUGCCGAGUGGAAGACAAGACGAUCCCCGGCCCGGGGUGCAAGCCCUCCGGGGUCCCUCAGCGCCAGGCCUCAGUUUCCCGGGAGAAAGCCAAAAGGCAAAGUAGUUCUUGCAAGAAGGAGAAGACCCCCAGAGCGCCCGUCCCCCGGGGAGCCGCCAGAAACCAAGAUGCUGAGUUGGUUGGUGUGCACGCCUGGAGGAAAGGACCAGCCCUGGCAAGGGCCCUCCUCGGGCCCGCUCCUGCCCUCCCCAGGCUCCAGAACAAGGCUCCCUCCAGAGACCAGUCCCCCACCGUGGACUUAGGAGAUAGCAGGAAAGUCGGAGCGGCCGAGAGCUCCCCUGUCUGCCCCCGGAUGCCCAGCCCAGCCUCUGUCCGCCAUGACCCGCCACUGUCUGCCAACACACCCCACCUGGCUUCCUGCGAUCAGCCUGUGACCAUCCAAAAUGCUUUGACUAUCCUUAGAGACCUCCGCCAGCAGAUCCAGGCUGGGCUGGAGCUGGCCCGGCAUCGCCACCCCAGCAGAGGGCUAGAGCUAGGACGGUCAAACCUGUGGCUGCAGGACCCGGCAGGGAGGAGGCAGUGGGGCCCCUGGAGCACCCCAGAUGUGCGGGGCUCCUUCUCGAAGAGUCCUCAAGCAGGGAAGAAAGGGAGGCACUCCUCCCCAGACCGUGCCGGCAGCUUCCCCACUGGACAUCACUGGAGCACCCUGGCUGGACGGGAGUCCUAUCCCCAGCCAACUGGAGCGGCCCAAGGGUGGAACCCCUCUUUCCAGGGGCCCGGGAGCCCCCCUGAGAGGCUGACCUCCUUGCCUCACCGGCCCUGGAGUGCCUUGGCCCAGCAGGCCUCCAGGACCCAGCGGACUGGAACACACCAAGGAUGGAACCCCUCCUUCCAGAGGCCCGGGGGCCCCCCUGAGAGCCUGACCUCCUUGCCCCAACAGCCUGGAAGCGCCUCAGCCGGGCAGGCCUCCAGGUCCCAGCGGACCUGGGCCACUUAUGCAGACUGGGAGACCCCUGUCCGAACACCGUGGAGCCCUUGUGGCCCACGGUCCUGGAGCGCCUCCUUCCCGCAAGGCGCCAGCACCCUGUGCAAGGCCAGAGGCUCGCACCUGCCACCCUCGGAGACGGAGCACAGCUGGCUGAGGCCUGCCAGGGGUGCACCUGAGAGGGAGAAGGAGGGGCGGGUGCCGCCGCCCUGCCCGAAGCCCCGGGGGGCCCUGGGCCACCCCUAUAGUGCUGAGACGCUGCGGGAGUUCAUGCGCCAGAAGACUCAGGCCCGGCGGCGGCAGGCCUUGGAGGAGAAGGCCUCGGCCGUGCGCGCCCUGGAGCUGAGGAACCAGCGGCUACAGGACGUGUACAGGAAGCAGCGGGAGGCCGUCCUCGGCAAGGCCGUCCCUAUGGUCUCCCAGACAACCCCCGGCAUCGUGACCUUCUUCCCGCACUGUGCACAGUCCAGGGGCCUGGAAGCUCCCGGGAGCCUGGGGUCGCCUGUGCUGGAAUGGAGCAAGGUGACCUCUGGCAUGGUGCUGGGGGACCAGGAGGCCCCGGGCAGCUUCUGCCUGUGUUUGAACAGAGCCUUGAACCGCUCUGAGACUCUAGAGAUGGGCGGCCCCCGGGACGGCUGGGAAGGUGCCCCCAUGCUGAUAUCCUCCCGCUCCUCCCCGGGCCCCCUGAAGCUCCAGGACCUGACCACCCGCCCCCCGCGCCCAGGCGUGUGCAUCUACCUGGACCCUGAGGAGAGCGAGCGCCUGGGCACCCCGGGGCCCCUGCACUUCCGCUAUAAGCAGGCCCGGCUGCAGGCACUGGAGACCAUGGCCAAUGUCCUAAAGCAGCGAAUCGACAUCCUCACAGCCAAGCUGCACAGGCCGGAGACACCAGGUGCUCUCGGGGACCCGGUGUCAGACCCCGGCACUGUGCCUGCCGCCCCCGUCUGCUCGGGGGCCCUGGUGCCCGACGAGAGUGAAGGGGGCCCCUGGGACUGGGCUGACGAGCCGGCCGGGACGCUGGUCUCUCCCACCUGCUUCCUGGACCACAGGCCGCUGCCGUGGAGCCCCGACUGGGAGAGGCGGCAGAGCGUGAGCCCGAGAGGCCACCACUACAGGGAGUCCCAAGUUGAUGGUGUCCAUCUCCCCAAAGGUUUCAUUGAGGACGGGCGUUUGGAGCUGGAUAAAAGGCUGGCAAGAAAUACGGCUUCCUUCCAGACACUUGGUCCCUUCAUCGGGAGCUCCCUUGGGGUGCCAGCAGUGCUGGACCCCACCUGCGGCUCCCUGCGGCUGGAGGACGUGCCGGCGGCCAGAGGGGCAGGCUUGCUCACGCCCUGGACCGUGCGAGGCUGCGGUCGGCGCUCCGGGCACCUUGCCAACAUUCCCUGGAAGUCCCCGAGCUCUCUCAAGUCCCUGCAGCUGAACCAGGAGAAGCCGGAGCAGGGGCUGGCGCUUCUGCGGCAGCAGGCGGAGCUGGAGGUCUGGGAGACGCAGAAGGCCCUGGACCAGCUGCUCUUCAAGCACCAGCUGGAGCAUCUGAUGGGGAAACACUCCGCCCAGGUCAGACCAGACUCGGCUUUGGCUUCUGCUUCGGAGCAGGCGCGGCCACGGCUGUGUCAAGUCCUGGAGCCCACAACCUCUCCGAGCACCGAGACCGCCAGCCCCAGAUCACAACCAGCCAGGGGCAGAGACGCUGCCACACCCUCCCAGGGUCCGCAGGAAGGACAGCAGAGUCAGGAGGAAAAGUCUGCUUCUGCAGAGCCCAGACAGGAAGUGAGAGCAGACCAAGCUCCCUCCCAGCGGCCCCUGGCCAGGCCCGACCCUCGGGUCAGCCCCACCCACAAGUGGAGCCUGGCGGGGCCCUGGAAAGCCAACGUCGCGGGAGGCCCCGGCCACUUCACGCUCCAGAUGCUCGAGCUGAGCCUGCGGGAGGAGGAGCUGAGAGCGCAGCACCAGACCGCGCUGCUGCGCCUGCGCGAGAAAGCGCUGGAGGAAAGGAUGCGCGCUGAGCUGGCCUGGUUGGAGCAGCAGCGAGGGUGUCUGGGCCGCGAGGGGAGCGCCGCGGUGCUGGCAGUCUUGGCAGAGAGGCAGAAGCAGGCCCUCAGCAGCCUUGAGCAGGAGCAGAGAGAAAUCCGGUGCCUGCAGAACGCUCACCGGUUCUCGCACAAGGAGAGGAAGCUGCUUCUGCAGCACCAGAAGGACAUCCUGUCCCUGUGGACGGCUGUGGCACAGCUGCAGGGGGAGCUCGAGGCCCAGACCAGGCUGCCUCAGAGGUCUGGCCCCGAAGUCAAGACCGCUCAGAUGGAGGGGCCGGCACAGAGCUCCCUGUGCCCGUCAACACCACGUGGGCCUGGCGACCCCACCAGCCCCAGCCCCUGGAGAAGCUCCGAGAGCCCACGCGCCCAACCCCUUCCCACUGGGCAGGAGGACAGGACACACCCCGAGGCCACUUCAGCUGCGAACAGUCACCGACCGCCUCCAAGACCUGUGUGGGGAGAGGACAUGCCUGUGGCCAGUGGUUGGCCUGACGCUGGGGGCCGGCUGGUAGAGAGCCAGAUCCCUGUGGACCAAGGAGACCCCCCGGCCAACCCCCGCCCUUUGUCGUCGAUGGAGAGAACACAGCCUCUGACGGAACGCCGUGGGCAGAAACCCCAGGGCCAGCACUCCCUGGGCGGAAGGAGUCCCUGCAGCCCCCCAGAAGCCGGCUCACAGGAGCAUGCUGGGGGGGAUCCACCGCUAAGGGGCCAGCACAUGCCAUGCCCUGGGGGCGGUCUCUCUCCAACAUGCUCCCAGCAGGCGGCUGAAGGCAGCAUAAGCCCAGCAGGGUCGGCACCAGAGCUGGAUUUUGCCGACAGCCCCAAGGAGGAGCCCCACCAGAUGGAAAGCCGGGCGUCAGGGGGACAGAGGAUGGAGGCCUGUUGGCAGGAGGACCCCCACGACCCCUUCUCUCGGCCGGAAGCCGCCCCGUGGACUGCUGCUCCAGCUCCUGCGCCCUCCAGCCCGUGUGCGGGCAGCCCCCUGGGGCUGGGCCCCGAGUCUGAGUCUGAGUCAGCUCCCCGGACCUGUGCUGGGUCCCGUGCCACCUCCUCCCUGAGCGGGCUGUCCUGCUGUUCUCUCCAGGAGUUUCAGAAGGCGUCCGCCAUGCUGGUGCAGCUUUCUGAGAGCUCCGUCUCCCUCUCGGACUGGGAAACUGGGGACCCCACUGAUGCAGACCCUGGCUGGUCUAGGGAGCUCUCACCUCAAGACUCCUGCGGGGUCCACCGGGGCGGGGAGCGGGUGGCCUGGGAGAGGCUGGAGGGCAGCAGGACCGGUCCCCAGGGUGGCUCCCCCAUGGACGCAGGGGGUGCAGAGCCCAGGGGAGGCCUCGUGCAGGCGGGUCAGCUGCUGCCUCUCCCGGAUGCCCCUUCUGAGAGGUCAGGGUCAGAGCUGUCAGAGGCAUCCAGCGAGGUCUGGGAUGAGGAGAACCUGCUGGGGCCAGGCCCUGGUGCUGACCCAGGCUCAGGGCGCCACUCCCCUGCAGGAGGCUCAGCUCACCUGGAAGGUGGCAGGGCGCCCUGCUUUGUACCUCCUUCCCUGGGCCCUGGGGAGGGGCAGGAAGCUUCCAGAACCAGCGGGAGCCUGAUCAGUGGAUUAAAUACAGAAAGAGGCAAACAGGAGUCACCGGAGGCUGCCUUCCCACCACUCCCAUCCACAGCCUCUCCCUCCCGUGACUUAGACCUGCCCCAUUCCUCUCCCUCUGGGUCCCUGGCAUCCGAAGGGGUGGAGUUUGGUGAAGGGGGAGACACUGGGGCUCUACAAGCCUCGGCUGGCUGCCCAGAGGGGCCUGGGGACACUGACCUGAGUCUGUCCAACCACAGGAAACCUCAACAGGCCUGGUCUGAGCCUGAGGUCCCCGUGAGUCCGCAGGCUCCUCCUGGGGACCCUGGUGGUCUGGUAGCCCAGACACCCGAGGGCUGGGCACCUGGGCAUAGGGGGAGGGGACACUCCCCUGCCCCAGAGGAAGCCUGCCCUACCCUGGCCAGCGGGGUCUUGCCCGAGAUCCUGUCCCCCGUGGACGAUGUGCUGUCCUAUGGCAGUGCUGACUUUCCGUCCUCCACCCACAGGGACACCAGCCUCCCUCCUUGGCCUCCCACCCUCCCAGCAGAGCGUGAGGGCGACAGCCUGCACUCGGGAGACUUCCCUCCCCCACCUGAAGACGCCAUGUCUCCUGGGGGCUUGCCGGGCACCCCCGGGGAGGAUGCCUCCAUUAGAACUGGGGAGUUGCCCUCCUUGUCUGAGGAGGUCCUGCCUGAGCCACUGUUCCCGGGGCCCCAAGAGUCAGGGCUCCGCCUGGGGGCGGGCAGACAGGGUGAAAGCCUUGGGGAAAAAUUGGGUGAAUUGUGUUCUGAUGGGGGAGCUGAGGCUGUGGGCAGCCUGUGGUCUGAGCCAGCUUGCUGCCUAGGGUCCCCCUUGUGGGGGGGGGAUGGUGGUGCUGUGGGGGAGCUACCAAGCCUGCCAGCGCAGCCCCCAACCCCAUCCAGAGUGGUCUUCAUGGUCAGGGAGGGUCUGCCCAUGUUGUUGUCAGCCGGAGGUACGGGGCGGUCUGGCACCAGGAACAGUGACCUGGAUCCUGCUUUGGGCGCGGGCUCCUAUGCAGAUGUACCUGGUGGGGAGAGAGCCGAGGUGGUGGACUUGGUGUCCAGCCAGCUCACCAGAAGGAUCCUGUGCGACACGCUUGCUGUGCUCUCGGAGCUGGCCCAGCCGGCCGACCUCUGACGGAGAAGCAGCUGUGUCCCCACGGCUGACCCGGCAUGUCCCCAAGACUGAUGAGACUCCUGAGGAGACAGGGCAGGGCCCGUGGUGACACACACCUGUGACAUUGCUGUGUCAUUGUGCCCAUGCGUGCCCGUGUGUGUGGGAGGCUCCGGAAGCCUGGACCACUGAGGGCAGAGCCGCCGUUCAGAAUAGCCUCCUGCCGUCGGCCGUGCAGGUGGUCCUCUGACGCUGGGCGGGGGACCGGGCACUGGCGUGACAUCCCGUGCAGUGGGCUCUGUUCUUCCGGGCUUUGGGUCCACGGCUUCCAUCAGGCCCCCAAAAGGGUCACUGCUGCGCAGUUCAAGAGGCGGGAAGCUGAAAGGUUGUGCGGGGCGUGUCCGAAGGCUGGCUGGCCCAGGACAGGUGCGGAAGUCACGGAUUCGAGAGAGAACAUUCUGGAGGAGCCGGGAAGGGGAGCAGCUCUGAGGCGGAACCAGGCGCCAGCCCAAGUUGACCGCCCGCCAGCACGGAGAGCCUUCCGCAAAGGCCACGGGAGAGAGCACCGUUCUGGGGAUGUGGGAAGCCCGGGUGGAGGUGGGCAGGGGGCACGUCUGUGCGGGCUCACACCCUCAGCUCUGUGGCCCUGGGAGGCCCAGACCUGCAUGUAGGCCAGCCCAGCUGUGCGGAUUAGAGAAGUAGCCCACUCAAGGGCCAAAGGUCACAGGCCAAAGUUUGGCCUGUCCUCUGGGGGUAGGUGGGCCCAGGCCUACCUGAGCGCUCAGGACACCUUCUGGAAGACACAAGAGCCCGUUCCCUGGUGGCCGUCCCCCAUGGAAUGAGUC